GGGGCCCGCGGCUGCGAGGCGGGCCGGGCGGGGCCGAAGUGGGCGCCGCGCUCGGCCCGGGGGGCGGCGGCGCCAUGUGGAGCGGCCGCAGCUCCUUCACCAGCCUGGUCGUGGGCGUGUUCGUGGUGUACGUGGUGCACACCUGCUGGGUCAUGUAUGGCAUCGUCUACACCCGGCCGUGCGCCGGCGACGGCAACUGCAUCCAGCCCUACCUGGCGCGGAGGCCCAAGCUGCAGCUCAGCGUGUACACCACCACGCGCUCCAGCCUUGGCGCCGAGAACAACGUGGACCUGGUGCUGAACGUGGAAGACUUUGACGUGGACUCGAAAUUUGAGAAGACAGUUAAUGUUUCUGUACCAAAGAAAACUAGAAACAACGGGACGUUGUAUGCCUACAUCUUCCUCCAUCAUGCUGGCAUCCUGCCAUGGCAUGACGGGAAGCAGGUGCACCUGGUGAGCCCUCUGACUACCUACAUGGUCCCCAAACCGGAGGAGGUCAAUCUGCUCACUGGGGAAUCUGCUACGCAGCAGAUAGAAGCAGAGAAGAAGCCACCAAGUGCCCUGGACGAGCCUGUUUCUCACUGGAGACCAAGACUAACACUGAAUGUGAUGGUGGAUGACUUCGUCUUUGACGGGGCCUCCUUGCCUGCCGAUGUGCAUCGGUACAUGAAGAUGAUCCAGCUAGGGAAGACCGUGCACUACCUCCCCAUCCUGUUCAUUGACCAGCUCAGCAAUCGGGUAAAGGACCUCGUGGUCAUAAAUCGCUCCACCACCGAGCUGCCCCUCACCGUGUCCUACGACAAGAUCUCGCUGGGGAGGCUGCGCUUCUGGAUCCACAUGCAGGACGCUGUAUACUCCCUGCAGCAGUUCGGGUUUUCGGAGAAAGACGCCGAUGAAGUCAAAGGCAUUUUUGUUGACACCAACUUGUAUUUCUUAGCGUUGACCUUCUUUGUCGCAGCAUUUCACCUUCUGUUUGAUUUCCUGGCAUUUAAAAACGACAUCAGUUUCUGGAAAAAGAAGAAGAGCAUGAUUGGAAUGUCUACCAAAGCAGUGCUCUGGCGCUGCUUCAGCACGGUGGUCAUCUUCCUGUUCCUGCUGGACGAGCAGACGAGCCUGCUGGUGCUGGUCCCUGCGGGCAUCGGUGCCGCCAUCGAGCUGUGGAAAGUGAAAAAGGCCUUGAAGAUGACCAUUCUUUGGAGAGGCCUGAGACCCGAGUUCCAGUUCGGCACCUACAGCAAGUCGGAGAGGAAGACGGAGGAGUACGACGCUCAGGCCAUGAAGUACUUGUCCUAUCUGCUGUACCCUCUGUGCAUCGGGGGCGCCGUCUACUCCCUGCUGAACAUCAAAUAUAAGAGCUGGUAUUCUUGGCUCAUCAACAGCUUCGUCAACGGGGUGUAUGCGUUCGGCUUCCUCUUCAUGCUGCCCCAGCUCUUUGUGAACUACAAGAUGAAGUCGGUGGCGCACCUGCCUUGGAAGGCCUUUACCUACAAGGCCUUCAACACCUUCAUCGAUGAUGUCUUUGCCUUCAUCAUCACCAUGCCCACCUCCCACCGGCUGGCAUGCUUCAGGGACGACGUGGUGUUCCUUGUGUACCUUUACCAGCGAUGGCUUUAUCCCGUGGAUAAGAGCAGGGUGAACGAGUUCGGGGAGUCAUACGAGGAGAAGCCCCCGCGGAAGGCCCACGCAAACUGAGUCGCCGCCCAGGCCAUGUGGGGUCGGCCACUGCGCAGCAGAGCUGGGUUGUCAGCUGAGUAUUUUGGGAUGCUUCUGGUGGAAAUCCCUGGACAUUACAUCUUCCGCAUUGCCAAAACCUGAACGUUUCCCGUCACCUCUUGAGUCCCUUUGUGUUGUGGUUGAGAAGGGUCCUAGCAGGCAGACACUCGCCCGCGCACCAGGCUUUGACCGUGGGCAGUGCGCGCUGUGAGUGCUCGAGUGGCUCUUUAAAUCCAUUCCUUAGAGACUGGGAUCAAAUGGCUUUUUUCCUUUUUGUUUAAAAUUUGACUAUUUUAAAAAGCUUAAUGUAUGUAUGUUUCUAUUUUAAAAUAAAUUUCUCUGGCUGUAACGU